AUGAAAACCAUUUGUGUUUUGGUAUUAGUAAUUGCUCUUGCAACCAGUUUGAAAUCUACAUUGAGAUAAACACCAUAAAAAUUGUAAGGAGAACUAUAAAAAUCAAAUUAUGGAAAAGCACUUUUACAUUUACUUGAAUUACAUUCAAUGGCAGGAGGAGCUGUAAGUGAGUUGGUUGAUGCAAUUGAAGAAUUAGAUAAUGAUUUGAUUGAUGGACUUUAAUUAUUAGAAUUCAAUUUCCAAUAAAGAACAAAUUAACACAAUGCUUUAGUUGUCUAAUUGAAUUAAUAAAUCAAUGAUGCUCAAAUUGAUAUUAGCAGAUCAGAAGAUGUGAUUGAAAAUUUAUUGAUUCCAAGAAGAGAAUAAUUAGAAACAAGAAUUGCUAAUCUCGAAGAAUAUUAAGAAAUUAACAGAAAAAACUAUGAUGAAGAAGUUUUAAUUAGAUAAUAAGAACAUGAAGCAUUUGAAGCUUAAGUUGCUGAAUUAACUGAUGCAACAGUUGCAGUUGAUGAUGCUCUUGCACUUUUAUAAACAUUGAGCAAUCCCUCAUUGGCAUAAGUUAAGAAAUUCUAAAACUCACUUAAGAAAAUUGAAUAAAGUAUUAAACCAAGAUCUAAAAUGGCUCCAUUUUUGAAAGCUCUUCUUACAUUAGCAUCAAAUUAAAACUUUUCAGAUUAAGGAAUUAUUUCUUAAAUUGUUAAUGCUUUGAAUGAAUUCAGAAAUGCUAUUGUUGAUAGUAUCAAUGAUUAAACACUUGCUGAAGCUAAUGCAGUUGAAGAAUAUGAAGAAAGAUUAGAUUAAUUAGAUCAUGAAUUUGCUGAAUUCUAAAGAUAAAUCAAUGCUGUCAAUGUUGAUUUGACUGCAACUAAUAGUAAGUUAAUAUCUUUACUAUUUCUAUAGAUAAGAUUGAUUAAGUCACUGAAUUCCUUAACCAAAGAGUCGCUGAUUUGAAAUAAUAUGAAGCUGAAUUACAAUUAGAAAAUGAUAAUUAUGCUGAUGAAACUCAAAUCUAUAAUGAUACCAAAAAUGAAUUCACUAGAGAAUAAUAAAUCACUGAAUAAGCUUUGGCUUUGGUUCAAUCAGUUGAUUUUAGCCAUAUUCAAGUUUGAGU